UAUGCCUAAGAAACAAGUCAGGUUUGCAAAACCACAAUCUCUUUCUUGAUCUUUUUCUGAACCCAACAAUGGCACCAGCCAUAUCAAGAGUUGAUAGAAUUAGUGCAUUACCGGAUCAGAUUCUUGUUCACAUCCUUUCUUUUUUGGAAUCUAAAAUGGUUGCAGCAACAAGCAUUCUCUCGAGCAGGUGGAGAGAUCUGUGGCACUCAGUUCCCACAGUGGACCUCGAUGACGCACUCUUCCCGGAUGAGGAAGAACUUUUUGUUCGCUUCGCGUACGCAGUUAUACUCUCGCGAGAUGUGAUGCAACCCAUUCUCAAUUUCCGCCUCAAAUCUGAGUAUUCUUUAAGUGCUCAAUGUGAUGUAGAAUUGUGGCUCAACACCGCCAUACAACGUAAAGUUGAGAGGAUUGAGCUGUCACCGUCCAUUUAUUCUAAGAUAAAGUUGCCGUUUGGAAUUCUGACAUGUGCAACCCUUGUUGUUCUCAAGUUGGCAAACUUAACAGUGGACAGUAUUUCAACAGUACACUUACCGGCUCUUCAAACUUUGUAUAUGGAUGGGGUUAAAUUUGCAAAACGUGAAUAUGUUGAUAUGAUUCUCUCAGGAUGCCCAAAUAUUGAGGACUUGCAAAUCGAAUCUCUCAAAUUGUAUCUAAAGUUCAGACCUCUUGCCGUCACUUUCGGCAAUCUAAUUCACAUGCAGUUCUCUGUGUAUGAUUGUAUAUGGUGGUUGCUACUUAGACUGCUCAACUCUUGUCCCUUGCUUCAAAUUCUUGAACUGAGAAAGGAGAAAAAGAUAUCGACAAGUUUGUAGGAUCGACUAAGUCGGUAUUAUCCGAAAACCGUUCCCGGAUGCCUUUCAUCGCACUUAAGAGCCUGCACUAUAGACAAUUUUUAUGGUGCUGAUAUGGAUAUUCAAUUUGCAAUAUAUAUUCUGCAGAAUGCAUGUGUGUUAAAGAAAAUGAUUAUAUGUUG